GAGGGCCGCCAUGGUGUUAACUUUCCUCCCCUCCCCUCCUUCCGUGCUGCGCUCUCUCCCACCCGCACAGCUACCGUCCAAAUCGCGGCAUAAAAUGUGGGCCGGCCAUGGUGUUAACUUUCCUCCCCUCCCCUCCUUCCUCCUCGCCCUCGCCCCCGCAUCUGGGCCACAAUAGCUCCCCCAUCGCCCAGCCGGAGGAUCCCCAGAUCGACCCACCGCCUCCUCCGGACGGUCACCUCCACCUCCUCCAGGUAUGUAUGAGUCUCCUUCUCCUACAUGCUGCUAGUGGUUGCUUCCUACUUCCUGUCAGUAAUGGCGGCCGGUUCCUUGUUUGUUCUUCCCUUGGUCGUUGCUGUCCGUGACUCUGAUGAAGAUGGGUGGGUGAGCGGGUUUCUAGACAGACAGCGCAGCUGAGCUGAUCUAGGGAUAUACCAAUGGCGACAUCCAAGAAGGGGCCUCUCUAUCCCAGCAGGGACAGGGCCACCAGGAUGGCCCCCAACCUCAAGCCCUCCAGCAGCGAGUUCUCCUCCUCCGGCUACGGCGCGCGCCGGGCGAGGUCAGUGCCGAGUUCCCCAGAUCGCAAGCUCGGUCCUUCGGCUGCCGCUGCGGCGGCGGCGGCUCCUUCCGCCUCCCCGGACAUGUGCCGUCCCUCAUUGUCACACGCUGGCCGGUCCAUCUCUUCACGGACAAUGUCCGGCUCAGGCCCAUCCAUUCAUGGCAGCAAGCCAGCCUCAAAGCCGGCUCUGGCUAGAGCGAAAUCCGACAAAGUCACCGCCAACUCACAGCGGCCUCAUGCGCUCGCUGGGCCGCUCAGCAGUUCGUUCAAGGACACCGCCAACUCGUCUUCUACCUUGCUGAAGAAUAAGCUUUCGCCAAGGCCCACCCCUGGCAAAGGGGUGGCGUCCCCAAAGCCGAGCAUCCAGAGGGCGUCAUCGCCAUCGCUGGGGGCUUUGAGAGGUGGGAAGCCUCUGCCCUUGUCCUCGGCACGCGCGCCAGGCACGGCGGCAAAGAAAAGAGAAGCAGCAGCAAAUGGUGGUGCCAACGCAAACUCAAGGCCAAGGGGUGCUCCUCAGAGGGCAGCGGAGCCAUCCACUACAACCAGGAAGGAGAAAGAUGACGAGCCAUCGAUGCAGUUUGAGGAAUCCGAGAGCCUGACCACUCCGUCCAUCGAAGAUCAGUUGCAGGAGCAGCUUCCUGACCCUGUGGACCUGAAACCCAUUGACAUGGCUGUUUCCGCUUCCGCUUCUGCUUCACCUCGACGCGAUCAGCAGGGGCCGCACACUCAGCAACAAGGCAAGAAUGAGGAGGAAAUCAAGGAGCAGCCAGAGAAAGAGGAUGCCGACAUUGCAAAGGUUGCCGAUGAAUUGGAUCAAGCGGCGGAGACAGAAGACGCUAUAACGAAGGCAAGCGGCAGGACUGAAGCUGCUCAGUCAUGGAGGAAGGAUGAUCCCAAGAGCAACGACGUGAUCGAGGAGACGAAAAGCAAGCUCCUGGAGGAGAGGAAUAGCAGGGUGAAGGCCUUGGUAGGGGCCUUCGAGACGGCCAUGUCCUUCAAGGAGUAGUUGCUCAGCCUCGGCCCGAUUCUGCUGAUCGACCAAUCCUGGGUGCAUCCGGCAUUGAAUAUGCUGUGAUCAUGGUUCCUCGAGUGUCAGAGUGUUUAUACGAUGGUUUCCUUGGUCCGUUUGUGUUCCAUGUGUUGAUUUUUUUUGUUUCGGACCGAUCGCCGCGUUCAUUGUUGAUGCGCUGCUUGUUGCUGUUGUUGGUGCGGAUUUGAAUGAAACCUUGGUGCUUGUUGGUUGGCUGGGAAA